UUUCCCAAUUUCCCGUCUGUGAUUUCCCAGCUCCAAUAUUUGUUUUACGAAAAUUUAUUCCUUUUACAAAAAAUAAAAACGUACUUAAAUCGAGCAAUUUUUCAAGCAAGUGUACGCUCUAAGCAAAGCAAGUUAUUUUUCAGGUUAAUCAGACCUUCGUCAGCGUCGCGCUAAUACGAUUGUGUUGUGUUGUUUUGUAUAAUGCUUGAGUUUGCGCACUGGAACAUCAGUACCAUACCAUCAAAUAUCAAUAUUUCACUAUACAAGGCUCAUCAUCGCUAUAUUAAAAUGCGCAUGCGUUAUACGUCCCUAGAUAACUGCGAAAAAAUCACUACACAAAAUGCACCUACACUUAGGUUACUUGAGUGGGAUAUAUUAAUAUCUAAAGUGCGUUUCCUACUACUAUUGAUAACUAUUAUUUGAUCAUGUCUACAACUAUAAGUAGUUUCGAAAGAUGUUGCCGACUUUGCGCAGAAGAACAGGAAGUUACUAUAAUGCUAUUCAGUGAGGAGGCUGAAGCUAUGCUUUUAAAAAAAAAGUUGAAUAAAUACUUGUUGAUAGAGGUUGAUGAAGAUGACAAAUUACCAAAAAAUAUUUGUAUCAAAUGUUGUUCCAAAUUGCAAACAGUAUGCGAUUUUAUUGAUAAAGCUAUUAAAGCACAAGAGAUACUGCAACAACUAAGUCUUACUCUGGAACAAAAUAAGCCAAAUAAAAUUCUAAAGACAAUAAUUAAAGAGGAACCCGAUAGCGAUGAUGAUCUUAAAUUUGCAACUAUGGAAAUUAGCGUUGAUCCAAUGAUGGUCCUGCAAAACUCGGAAGAUGGUCUGUCACCAAACAUAGAGGAAAAUAGUGAGAUUGAGGAACAAGAUGUAACUCAUCUGCACAGUGUUGACGGGGAAGAUGUAACUAUAAAACUAAUCAAAAGGACAGAUAAGACAGAUGAUCCAAACUCAAAACCUGAGGAAGUAAAACCUUAUCCAUGCAAAACAUGUGGUCGAGCUUUCCAUACAGAAUUAGCAUUGAAAAAUCAUUGUUGGGUACAUAAACAUGAAACAGCAACAAGACCAUUCAAAUGUGGUUCUUGUAGGGAGCAGUUUGAUUUCAAACACGAAUUGGUAGCACAUUUAAAGAAGCAUAAUACUUCUGGAAUGUGUCUCUUAUGCGGAAGAAGGUUUAGAACGUUGUCUAAUUUAGCAGCACAUAUGGAAGCACAUAACUCAACCACUGGAAAAUCAUACACAUGCAAAGUGUGUGGACGCUCCUACAACACUAGCAGCAAUCUGAAGACUCACAGUGUCACUCAUAGUAACGAAAGGCCUUACAAAUGUCAAUAUUGCAAGAAAUGCUUUAAGCGAAACCAGGAUUUAAAGUUCCAUAUUAACCAGCAUACUGGAGAGAAACCGUAUAAAUGUCCAUUUUGCGACAAGCGAUUUGCAAGUUCUGGCAAUUGCUACUCACACAAGAGUCGCAUGCAUCCAGGAAGGCGUGCCGAUGGAAAAAAUAGAAAGCUAAUUACCAUCACGAGGGAAAGCCAGUCUAUACAGUUUCGCCCUAUCGCGCCUAAACCUGCUUGUCCAGCUGUGAAAGCACCAUCCAAAUACCAGUGCACAUUGUGUGAGCAUAGCUUCUUGAAACGGGAUAACUUCACUUAUCACAUGUACCAACACACAGGCGAGAAACCAUUUCAUUGUUCAUUCUGCAGUGAAAAAUUUGUAACCAGACGAGGUCUUUUGAUUCACCAUGACAAAUCCCACCCAGGGAAGGAUCGCCCACUUGCUUUGAUAUCUCGGAAUGCAUUACUCAAGUAGCAUUGUGGUGAAAUCUGAAAAUCUAAAUUUUAAUAUAAAAACUGUAUUCUACAAAAUAUGUAAAAGCUCUGCUUUUGCUAUAAUAAUAAUUUAGUCAUAAUUAUUUUUAUAGUUACAUAACCAAUGUAGGUAAUGUAGCCUAGUUAGUUAUUAAUUUCUUGUUUUUCAUUCUUUGUUUUUUUCUGUAAUAUAAAGAAAUGAGUGAAAUGCGAAUAGACAUGUACCUAACUGCGUUGUUAAUUUUUAAUAAAGAUACUAGAU